AUGGGCAGUCUUGCAGAGGACGUCGUCGUCAACCCGAUCCAUCCUUCGGUCGAGGGCAUGCUCAGCGAGCAGACCAAGAACAUCUACAACCAGUACCAGUCUCGCCGACUGCGUGCCGACCAGGUCCGCUUUGCCGACUACGACCUCGACCGGGCGCGGUAUGCGUUCCCGCGCGCCGAGGUGGCCUCGCCGUUCUGUCCGGUCGGCGAGACGACGGUGCACCGGGUGCCGGUGACGGAGCCGGCUGGCGAGAUCGAGCUGCAGAUCUAUCGGCCGACGAGCGCGACCCCAGGCGCCCUGCUGCCGCUCUACGUCGACUAUCACGGCGGCGGCUUCGUGCUCGGCAGCCUGGCCGAUGAUGACCCGCUCUGUCGGCAAGUCUGUCAAGGUGCUGGCUGCAUCGUCGCCAACGUCGCCUACCGGCUCGCACCCGAGUUUCCGCACCCGGUCCCCACCACCGACAGCUGGACGGCCCUCUGCUGGCUCGUGGCCCAUGCUGCCGACCUCGGCGUCGACCCAAGCCGCAUCGCCAUCGGUGGACUCUCGGCCGGUGGCUGCAUCGCUGCCUCUCUUGCCCAGAUGGCCCGCGAUGAUGUCACCAUGCCGCCCCUUCGCCUGCAGGCCCUCAUCGUUCCCGUGCUCGAUGCCCGCUAUAUGCCCGUCGUCGGGGGGUUUGCCGAGACCGGAUCCACGUCUUCGAAACCCCCCUACGACUCUUACCUCUCCUGCGAGUUCGCCCCGAUGCUGCCCAUCGCCCGUCUCGUCUGGUUCUACAACCUCUGGCUCGGCACUGGCCCCGAUCGCGAUCAGCGCGCCGCCGACGUCCGCGCCUCGCCCAUCACCGCUCCCUCUCUCUCUGGCCUCGCGCCCGCCUCCUUCCACGUCGCCGAGGUCGACCCGCUCCGCUCAGAGGCCGUCGCCUAUCACGACCUCCUCCUCAAUGCCGGCGUUCCCAGCCAGUUUCACCUCUACAAGGGCACCUGCCAUCCCUUUGGCCAGUGGGACGGCAAGCUCGAUGCCGGCAAGGAGUUUAUCCGCGAUCUGAGCGAGGCCCUGAAAGUGGCUUUCAAAUAG